GGUCAUGUGAAAACAGCAGGUCGCAUCCGGCAUCUGUCAGCAAUCGGACUUCUCUUGAUCCACUGAAGAAAAUUAUCCAGUAGCCUUGCAAUCGGCUCCGUAAACAACGGAGUCUCAACUGCUCUUGAACUAUUCUUUUGCUCAGCUGAUGAAGUAAUAGGCUAGGUAGUGUCAACAGAACAACAAGUACGGCAUGGGCGAUAACGGUUUGUGGAGAGUGCUACCAUUAUUGUGCGUUGUUUGUCUUGCUUCUGUGGACUGCCGUUCGAGAGCUCCACGCGUUUCCUUUGUAGAUCCCAAAUCGUCAUUUGCGCAACAUCAGCAGUGGCGGGCUUCGUCUAAUGGAACUCUAACAUUCUCGUUUAAGACUUUUCUAAAAGACGCGUUGUUGAUUUAUCAAGAUGAUGGCGUUAUGGACUAUUUUAAUCUCGAACUUAAAGUAGGUCGACUUUUAUUGAAUAUUCGGACCGGUAGGAAAACAUCGCAAGUCACUUUAGGUAACCAACUAAACGACCUCUCAUGGCACCAAGUUUCUAUUCACGUAGAACAUGUCAAGAUAGGCCUUACACUGGACGAUCAUACCAGAGUGGUAAAGAUCCCAAGAAAAAAUCUGGCAUUAAAGAACAAUCCAUCCCGUUAUUUGUACUUUGGAGGCCUCCCGCGAUCGCUUAGCAUAUCAACGUUAUCAUUUCCUGCGGUGGUGUUUGCGAAAAGGUUCACUGGUUGUAUUAAAGAUGUAGAGAUACAGAUUGGAAAUGGUGUCCAGGAGGAACUGAGGCUGGUUGAAUCUAAGGGUCGUGUUAGAGGCUGUAGGAACGCGUGUAGAAGUAAUCCCUGUCAAAACGGGGGACGGUGCAUCAAUAAGAUCUGGAGCUCGGCGUGUGACUGCUCUGGAACUGGUUUUUAUGGAAAUCAGUGCACGGAAGAACCCCCGCGCCUGUCCAUGACCGCGUCUGAUUACGUCAUUCACGAUAUGUCCCAAGAGGCCACAGCGACUUUCUACGAUCACGUGGUCAUCGACUUCAGGGCCACAAGCUCUGAUGGCAUCAUCCUACAGACGAGCUUCGCGAGCGAUUUCCUGCUGGUGGAGCUUCACCGUGGAGUCCUAGUUAUGCAACUGGACAUCGGAGCAGGAAUGCUGAAGCUGAGCAUUGGCGAGAAAUUGUCUGACGCGCGCUGGCAUCGGGCGGAGAUCAAACGCGCUAGGCGUAAUGUUAAACUCACUCUGGAUGAGCGUUUGAAAGUUGAUGGAACUUGCCCACCGAGUUUAACAGCAUUUAACAUGCAGGGAGGGGAGGGAAGGGUUUAUAUUGGUGGCGUCUCAGACCCAACCAGGAGUAAGAACUCUGUAAGUAGGAAGAAUUUCGAAGGAUGCAUAAGGAAAUUGGUUUUCAACUUCAACGAAUAUGUUGGAAAAGUGAAAGCAAGGCACGCUUCUUUAAAAAAUGUCGGAAAAGUUUCGUUGUCGUGUCCAACACCAACAACGACGUCAUCACUUGAGACCACAAUGACCACAUCAUUUUCUACUGAGGAACCAUUGAAACCUUCCGAAGCUCCUACGCCUAUUGAAACACAGGUAAUGACGUCGGUGAAACAAGAAAGCACCACAGGUAGCCCAGUAACGGAAGAGGUCGAAGUUACAAUUCCUCUGAGAAAAUGCCCUUGGAGUAGUAACAAGGACUGCGACCGUGAAAGGAAUAGCGUCAAGGAAAUUUCGACAACUCGCCGCCCUCGUAAGUCCACUCACAGACCGAAAAAACCCACCCGACGUCCCCGAAAAAAUAGCCCUCGGACACGGAAACCUACCCGCCGCCCAAGAAAGAAUACCCAUAAGUCCCGCAGAACCAGAAAAACAACACCUCAACCGACCACUCAAUACUACUCAACGUCACAUGAUCCGAUGACGUCACAAUCAAAGAAGACAGCAUGCGGUGACAAUGGGUGUACUACAGAGGAGACAAUGGAUACGAUGGGAUUUAUCAUCCCUCCCACCCCUACUGGGGGACAUAACGUCACAUCGGAUAAGCCUGUGAUGGCAGCGUCGGGGGGGCCUGGGGACAAAAGUAACAUUGGGACUGUGAUCGGGCUCGUGGUGGCUUUUCUUUGCCUCGUGGGAGCAUGUGCGUUUGUCUCGAGGCAUUUCAACAAGAAACGACACAGCCAGAGACAGGAACUUCUUGAAGACAUCAAUGAUAACCUUACGAUGCCUGAUGGCAAGAGUGGGAAAGACGAGUUUCUUGUCUGAGGACUUGUAACAAUUGUUAUGGGUUUUGUUAGGGAAGGGUAUGAAAAAGGGGAGUAUAUCGGUGAAAACAGGUAACGAUGGAACGAGGAACUUUAAAACAUUAGUCGCAAAAGGAUUAUAUUCCCGCAAGCUUUUUGUGCAAAAGGUCUCAUCCUCAUUUGCUUUCCAGUUUCACCUUAAUUCUUUUCCUCGACGUUUGGUUCUAUUUUAAGUGUAAAAAUGACAAGGGGUAUUUAAUGCUUUCUUUUUUUGAUUCUAUUAAGCUACCUGGCCCACGGAAAUGGUAACUUCGGGCUGUAGCAGUUUGACAUCUGCAUUCACUGAAGAAUGUUUACAGAAUACUCAAAAUCAUGGUAAUGAUAGAUCCUUUCUUUACCCCGUCUACCCUCACUGGCGGCCAAAAAAAUUGGCCAUUUCUUAUUAAGUAAUGUUCAAAUGUGCACAACCCCCGUCAACCAAUCCCGGGUACGUGUCUGCAUUGUUCAUUCAUUCUGUUGUCUGUUACGUCUUGAUGGAAAUAUGGGAAUCAUGCAUUUUAUUAAGGGAUAAAUAUCACUGGGGUUACUACAAUCAAUUGUAUGGGUACACUAAGUGUCAUGAUUACUUUUGGGAAUAAAUAUUUAAAAACAAAA